UGUAGUCACGCGGGGUCCUCCCCACACUUACUUUGACGAUGGCCGAAGUCAGAAGAGUGCAGUUGACCACGUUUCCUUGCGAUUUCUCUAGUUCCCCAACUGAUGAUAAGUCAACGUUGCACAGUAAUGCAGCACCAAGUGCGCCUGCAUCGGUAGCUCCCUCGGAGACUGAGGGAAAGGGUUCAGAAGUUACUCAGCCUCAUUCGACCGUAAGAUGCAUGCUCAAAUUAUUCGAAUCCAACGAACGCGCCUUUCCCGAGUUCAGCUAUACGGAACUGGUGGAGAAACACAAGCAGAGUGGCUCCAUUAAAGAUGGAGCUCAGAACAAUUCAGAUGAGCGAGAAACUCCAUACCAUGAGGAACUGGCUGCCAUUGCCCAACAAUUUGAGAAUAAAUAUGGUGAGGUGAAGAAGAGGAAGAAGGACCGCAUCCAAGACCUGGUUGAUAUUGGAUAUGGCUAUGAUGAUGAAGACUCUUUCAUUGACAACUCUGAGCCGUAUGAUGAACUUGUACCAGCCUCCCUCACAACAAAAUAUGGAGGAUUCUACGUCAACUGUGGCGUACUUCAAUUUCGCCACGUUUCCGACCCUGAGGUGGAAGAUUUCACACAGAGAAGCAUCCAACUGAAGCCUCCAAAGAAGCGUAAAUCAAUUGAAGGAUCGGAUAAACCCAAAAAGAGGCGCAGAAAAGAAGGGGAAAAACUGAAAAGAAAGGGGAUUAACGUUUCCGUGGAAGGUACUUUAACAGAAAAAGUGGUUGAUGAACCCAAAAAAACGAAAAAGACCGCUGCCGGCCCUUUGAGUGUCACCAACAUGUUAAAGAAGUUCAGAAGACAGAAGGAGAGGGAAAUGCAGAUGAGGGGGGAUAAAGGGGGGCAGUCUUUUGGAUCACCAAGGUUUCCGAUGUGUCCCGCGGACGCGGGAGGAGUUGGAGGUGCUGGAGGUGCUGGAUUGGCUGAUCCCCUGCUCAGUCUGAUCGGCUCCACCAAUGACCAUGCACUUAUCCAAGCUGCGGUUACGGUGGACUUCGACAUUGACUUGGACUCUUUGUUAGACGCCACUGAAGAUGUGUCCCAUCUCAAAGCGGCUGAACACGCUACAGAGAUGCAUCCCGUCAUGGCUUCUCCAGCCAGGGCAGAUGUCCAGAACCUGUCCACAGUUCUGUUUCCGGACCAGCCUCAGACGGAGCUCAAAGGCGGCUUGGUUUCUCAGCCUGGAACCCUACCUGAAGGCCUUUCACCAAAGGUAGAAGGGAGGAUUGGAGAGCUGAAGUUGGAUCCUCUAGAGCAGUUAAGGGAUGCAAUUGACAAAGUGAUGCCAGAGCAGUUGGCCCGUUUCCAUGACAACCGGCAGGCACACGCACAGGUCAAGUCCACAAAGGGGUCAGAAGAGAAGAAGCCCAGAGACCAGAGGGUGAACUCUGAGGAUGAGGGGGAGGAGAAGUUCGGGAAGAGAGGUCCCCAGAAGAAGUUCAAAUGGAACGAAGAGAUCAGAGAGUUUCUGUGCCUUGUGGUGAAAGCAAAGAUGGAUAGAUAUGAAAAUGAAAAGAUUGAGGAGCAAGAAAUGGAAGAGUACCUGAAAUGCUUCCUUGACAACGAGAUAAAAACUCUAUGGCCCAAAGGAUGGAUGCAGCCAAGGCUACUGCUAAGAGAGAGCAAGAAAUUUCUAGGUCAAUCAUCUUCCUCAGUCAGAAGUCUGAAAAAAGAGAAGGCUGAGAAGAAAAUGGCCUCCAUCAACAGCGGCUCUAACUACCCGCAUGGGUCCGCUGAAUUACCUGAUGGCCAUUUCCACAGUGCUAGCUCCCCCGAAGAGCCUACCCUCUCCCUGUACGCCGAAAAAAAGCCUCUGAAUCAAGUCCUUACCACAAAUGCUAACCUCAAUGUCGCUGUGUCAAUGGGGGAUGCCGGGGUCAAAGGGCUUGGCGUAGAACCUCCCACACUGACCGAAACUGCAGAAAAACCACAGCGUGGCGCCGACUCUGCGACCGCAGCUUCCAUCCAUUCACCACUGGACCUGCUGGCGGAACAAGCGCUGGCCCGAGGACUACUCUUUAAUGCCACAAUUUGCCAGAAGCUUAAGGCUGUGGCCGCUUCCUCUGCCAAGGGCAAGUACUUGGACCUCAACAGUCCACCCUUCCCUCCCGCCGCGCCACAGUCCAGCCCUGUAAGUUUCCCAGCAGUCGGUAAGGGCCACCUCUUUGAAGUCACUGCACCACCGCCUGCUCAGUUCCCAGGACUAGGGGAGGCUACAACAAUGCAGGCUUUGGCAGAUGACUGCACCACCAUCCAUUCACCAGGAGAACGCAACCAUGUUGCACGCAACCGGACCAAGAUUCUUGAGGAACAAGACAUUGGAACCCGUGGGCAAAUGUAAGCCCGAAAUGUUGUCCACAUAUAGAGCUCACAUAGCCUGGCCACAAUAACGAUCAUAACGGUCUGAGCGAGUAAUUAAUAACUGGAUCAAAGUUGUACUUUGAUCCAGUUGUGUUGUAUUGAAUGUAAUGAAUUGCUGACUAAUUACAAAUACGUUGACUUGAAAUGCAAUGUUAUUUUGUUUCCUUUUCUUUGAUUCUAGAUGAAUAUUAAUAAACAUUAUACAAACAUUUAUUAUAUUUUUCACUGUUUAAAUAGCUAAUUUGUAGGUUUCUUUAAUUUGCUCAAAUGUGCUGUGCGUCCCAAUGACCAAGACUUUUCUUCACUUUAAAGUCAUAACAAAUGGUGCACAACCAUGAAUUGUUUCUUUUUAAAAUGUUUUCAUUGUUUGUCCGUAUGGCAACUGUAAUUACUGAAUCAACCCAGAGCACUAAUAAAAUGAAUUCAUGGCAUGAUACCUGUCGUAUUUUUCAUG